AAUUUAAUAAAAUUUAUUGCUAUUAAGUAAAACAGAAAUUUAAUAGUCUCUAAUUGCACUUAUGAUAUUUGAGUUUUCCUAUUGAUACUUUCUACCCUCUUGACAAAAAUUAUAUAUAUAUAGCCAUGCGUAUAUUGCAUUUUAGCCACCAACCCUUUCCCUUUCGUUUUUUUCCUUUAAAACAUUGUUUAGUACCUGUCAUCCUAUAGGUACAGAAUGUACCAAUAUAUCUUGUUUCAUUCGUAUUGGAAGCUUUCUGAGGCUUCUCUUUGAUCUGUAAAUUAUUGAAUGCUGCACACUUGUGAAAAAUUACGUAGACAAUCUGUCUUUUAUGUAGAUACUUCCUUUCACAAACGGGGAGCUAAUAGUGGUAGUGAUACAGUGGGAAUAGAAAGAGGUGAAGGAGUGAUUGCCAUGACUACGACAGGAGCUCAGUAUGCCCUUGCAGCAUCCACUAGAGCUAAUAACAGUGGGGGUAACUCUACAACAGUGGGGGUAGAACCUAAGCCAAGCGUUGUUGUCGUGACUACUUCUAGCUCCAGUGGCAGUGGUAAUGCAGCACAGAGUCAAUCUACGAGGGGACAGCAACUUAUCACUGUUGUUACUAGUUCUGAUCCUUCUAGCCCAAACAAUUUGCAACCUAUACAGUUAUUGGUUCAGGAUCCACUUGAAGCAGCUGCAGAUUCUUCCAAUGGCUCAACAGGUACUCCAGCACAUGUUACAGCACAAGUAGUAGUGAAUACUACCCAUUCUGGUCAGCAUACCCUCGUUGAUUCUGAUGCUGCAUCUACGUCUGCUGGUACCAUUGUCAGUGGAUCUCCACAUUUUAUUACAGUAACAGGCACCAGUGACUCACCAUCCUACGCAUCCCUCACAACGGCAGUAGUGUCUGGUGAACCAGAGGCUGUGGGGUCUGAGUCGGUUUCUCAUCCUACUUAUGUUCAAUAUGUUGAAGGGGAUGGUUCCACAUAUAUACCAACAAAUGGCCAGAUGACAUAUCCUGUAUAUGCUGUUGGAGAGGCAGGAGCAAUGUACACUCCUGCUUCCAGUCAAUAUUAUACACCAGCAACUACUCCAGUAACAUAUGCUCAAGUUACUGGUCAAGGUUCAAAUUCUACAACUGGUCAAUUGUUAUCUCAAGGUAAUGGGACAUAUCUUAUUCAACAAAGUGUUGUAGAUGGAGAUCCAACAGCACACGCGUUAAUAUCUGCAGCUACUGCACGUGCUAGUCCACAAACGGAAAAUGCGGAAACUGUGGUUAGCGGGGGUGGAGGGGCAUAUUUGAUCAGCGGUAAUUCAGGAAGUACUGCUGUCACCGUGGAAGAUGCUGCAACAGCAGCUGCAAAUAUGACACAUGCCACUAGAGUUUCUCAAGCAACAGUUCAUUGGUUGCUUGAAAAUUAUGAAACAGCAGAUGGUGUCUCUCUUCCAAGAUCCACUCUUUAUAAUCAUUAUUUACGUCACUGUUCUGAAAAUAAAUUAGAUCCAGUAAAUGCUGCAAGUUUUGGAAAACUAAUACGUUCCGUUUUUUUGGGCUUAAGAACCAGACGCUUAGGCACAAGAGGAAAUUCAAAAUAUCAUUAUUAUGGAAUUCGCGUUAAACCCAGUUCUCCUUUGGUUAUGCUAAAUGAAGAUGGAACACCUCGUCAACAGCAAAAUACAAAUUCACAAACGAAACGAUUCAAAUUUGUAAAUCAAAAACAGGAUACUACAUAUGAAAAUAAUCCACAUUCAAAUACAAACAUUUCUUCGAAUAAUUCACCGCCACAAUAUCACCAAUAUCUUGGUGAGGCAAGUGGUGCCAUUCCAGAAUUUCCAGAAAUAAUAGUUGGGCACAGUUCAUCUCUUCCAGAAGAUUGUACGUUAGAAGAUAUUGAUACGUUCCGUAGCAUAUACAGAGAACAUUGCGAAGCUUUUUUAGAUGCUGUUCUUAAUUUUGAAUUUGCUACUGUUGAAAGUCUUUGGAGAGAAUUUUGGCGUAGUCAAGACAAUAAUAAUGGUGAUGAAUGUGAAGAGGAAAAAUAUUUAUCAAAGACUAAGCUAUAUCAGAUGUGUAAAUGUUCAGAAGUUCAAGAUUUCAUAAGAAAAGUUGAUUAUACAUUUUAUCAAAAUUUGGUAGAAGUAUUAAUGCCUAAUGUAUUGCGACCCAUACCAAGUUCAUUAACACAAUCUAUUCGAAAUUUUGCAAAAGGAUUAGAAUCAUGGUUAACAUCAGCAAUGGCUGAUUGUCCGGAAGAAAUGACUCAAAUAAAGUUGACUGCUGUAUCUGCAUUUGCUCAGACAUUAAGGCGUUAUACAUCAUUAAAUCAUCUUGCUCAAGCUGCACGUGCAGUGCUUCAGAAUUCUAGUCAAAUAAAUCAAAUGCUAGCUGAUUUAAAUCGUGUUGAUUUUCAUAAUGUGCAAGAACAGGCUUCUUGGGUAUGUCAAUGCGAUUAUGCAAUGGUACAACGUCUCGAAGCAGAUUUUAAAGUAACGCUACAACAACAAAAUUCAUUAGAAGAUUGGGCAAUUUGGUUGAAAAGUGUUGUAACGAAAGUUCUUAAACCAUUUGAAGAAAAACCAACAUUUGCAAAAGCUGCUCGACAAUUUUUGCUCAAAUGGUCCUUUUAUAGUUCCAUGGUUAUCCGUGAUCUUACUUUAAGAAGUGCAGCUAGUUUUGGGUCUUUUCAUUUAAUUCGAUUAUUAUAUGAUGAGUAUAUGUUUUAUUUGAUUGAACAUCAAGUAGCAGUUGCCACAGGAACAACUCCAAUUGCAGUAAUGGGAGACAAAAGUCAAAAUUGCUCUUUAAUUAAUGCAUUUGGUGCCACUUCUAAUGGAGAUACAUCAAACGCGAAUCAACCAAAACGUAUGAAACUAAGCUAACUGCGUGCCUACGCCUUUUAGUUUUGAAAAUAAGCCAUUAGCACCUGAGAAUGACAUUAGCACAAGAGCAUGCAGGCCUAUUAAUACACUAGUCCUAUAAAUUAUAAUUUUAUAUAAGAUGAGAUCUUAUUGUAUUAUGACUUUGACAAAGAAGAUUUUUGCAUAACGAACGCCCAGGAUGUAUACAAUCUAAGUAAGUUUGUGUGAUAUAACAUGUAGAAUAUGUAAUGCAAUCAUGAGUUGAAAUCUACUUUAGGAAAUUAUUAUUUUUUUAUUCAUUUUUAUAUCUAUCGAUUAGAAUUAUCUUUUUGAUAAAUAGAAUCCAAAAAUAUUUUUAAUUUUAAAGUUAUAGUUAUAUAUAUAAAUAAAGUUUUAACUUUAAAGAAAAUGAAAAUUAACUAGAAUAGUAUCAAAAGUUAUAUGUCUUCUAAAAAAAUGUUAUUAUCAUACAUUUAAUAAGAGUCAUAAAAUGAUUAUAUAGAUGAAAUAUAUUGUUCGAUCUUUUUUACAUUGUUUGGUUUUUGCCAUCCGAUUUUUAUUAUUCAAUUAUAUAUGAAUAUUGGCCGAUUAUCAAUUAAUAUAAUACUCAUUAGUAUAAUACUUUAUUAUUCUAUUUUUUUUAAUUAUAUAUCUUUAGUGUCACUCAUUAUAUACAUAAUCGACAUGAUAGUAUAGAAAAUUAGCAUUAUACUACGAGCAUAUUGAUUGAUAAUUUUUCGAUAUUUUCAUUUUUAAUUGGAUAAUAAAAACUAAAUAAUGUGAAAAUAUUCUGUAUAAAUAACAAAAAAUAAAUUAUCUAUGUCAAUUUAUUAAUGGAAUAAAUAAUGUAAUUUUUAACUUUUCGCAAUCAUUCCAAGUGACAUAUUAAUUGCUAAUUAAAUUUUUAUUUUGGAAUUAAGUUUUGUUUACAUUGGAUUUACAAUUUCUAUUGUAGUUUUAUUUUUUUAUGCCUAAGUUUCGAUCAAGAUUAUGUUUAAAUAUUAAUAAUUUUUACUAUCAUGAAUUUAAAAUUGAUAUUUUUGGAUUUUACUUAUCAAAAACUAACGAUAGAUAAAAAAAAAGUAAAAAAUUAAUGAUUUCUUAAAAUAAAUUUCAACACAAUUAUGCAUAUAAUGCAACUGUAAGGUAUCGCUGGCACGAUGUUAGUACAUUAAUGUAUUAUCUAGUCGAAACAUCUUUGAAAUGUAUAUGGGACCAUGAAUUUAUCAUGCCCUUAUAGUAUUCAAUAUCAAAAGCUUACUUGACUAUUUUCUUCAAUUAUUUUAUAAGUUUCUUUUCUUUCAAAAUCUUCGUGAAUUUAAAAAAUUCAAAUAUAAAAAAAAAUUAUUAUUAUUAAAAAUUUAUCAAUUGUUUAUUUGAAUUGAUUUGAAUAUCGUAUCAUUUAAAAUAUUUUUAUUUUUUAGUAUAUUGCACAAAAAUCAAGUCAGGUAAGCUUAAAUAACAAACAUUAGUUUGUGCAAAAGAAAAGUCGCAAAGACAGCAUUUUUAUGGGGAAAAAUCAUUUUCCUGUAAUUCAUAUCGACGAAUUCCAUUUUGCACAAAUAAUUGAAUAAUAUUUUACCAGAUUCUCUCUAUCGACGAUAUUGUCAAAAAAAAAAAAAAAAAAAUAAUAAUUAUUCCUACUGGAGCAAACGCAAAUUAGAUCACUAUA